AUGGAUUCAUCCCCACUAGCAUCGGCGACUUAUACGUCGGCCUCGAUGCAAGCAUCGGCGACUAAUACGUCGGCCUCGAUGCAGGGAAUAAAAGGACCGGCGGUCGCUAGUUUCGACCGUGGCGUCGUACCAGUCUCUGACGAGGAAGGACAAAUUUUGACGCCUUCUCAGGAACCUACGCUUACGGAAUUUUCCAUCGCCGAUCCCUCGGGCCCCCUGGAUACGAAUCCAGAUGUGGAUGCACAAACUUUGUCUUUCGAGCGGUUCGGUGAAACGUUGAAUCUCCUGAAUAAGGAAUUAGCUGCAGCUUUAACACCGACUGUUAUUAAACGGGAUGAGUACCAGGGACUUUUACAGGCUCAGGUAGGUGCGUGCCUCAACGCUUUUGGUUCAAGCAUAUCAAUUUUGCUGAAUACGGUGGGCUUGCACACCAGUAACGAAGAAGUGAAAUCGAUUUUGACAUUCUUUGUGGAAGUAUGGCCUACAGAGAAUAAAAUACAAGAAACUGUGCUUGGUUUUUCUAAUAUAAGAGGCUUUCCAGAUACGAUUGGAGCCAUAGAUGGCACUCACAUAAACAUUCCUAGUCCAAAAGAAAAUGCAGAGGCUUAUGUGAAUAGGAAGGGUCAUUAUUCGAUUCAGCUUCAAGCUGUUUGUGAUCACAAAAGACAGUUUACACAUAUUUAUGUUGGAAAUGUUGGUUCGAUCCAUGACGCUCGUGUUUUUCGUUCAUCGCCUCUUGAAGAAUAUAUUAAGAAUCCAGAUAAGUUUCCAAACAACACACAUUUAAUUGGAGAUGCUGCUUACAAAUUACAUCAGCAUAUCUUAACUCCAUACACUGACAAUGGACAUUUGACGCAACGUCAGAAAAAUUAUAAUUUUUGCCAUUCCUCAACUAGAAUGACAAUCGAGCGAGCAUUUGCUCUUCUAAAAUGUCGCUGGAGGAGUCUUUUACAUACGCUAGCAAUGUAUUGCAUAGAACUUAUUCCUUAUCAUAUAUUAGCAUGUUGUGUGUUACACAAUAUUUGUUUGCUGAGAAGAGAUGAAUUGCAGUUGCAAGAUGUAGCCGUUGUUAUAGAAGUUGAAGAAGCAUUAAACCCGUUACAACGAUUCGAAUGUGCAUUAAAUGGAUCACAUCCAAGUACGUUGGGUUUCUUCAGAACAACUCCGAGCAACUCCCAAGAGACAAAACGAACAUGUUGUGCCGCUAUUUGCGACACGAGAUUCGGGAUCCACCAAGGAUUCGGGAGCAGCAAUUAA